AUGCUUUCGAAGUUGCGUGCUAAGAUCAAAUCCAAAAAGGGUGAUCGACAUUGCCGUGAGAGGCAUAACGAACAGUCUCCACCUGUGAGCAUCAAAGACCAAGAUCGCAUCGAAACCAACGCCGAUGUUGAAGUUUCCUCCAAGCGAGAUGCAAAAGAUGAUGAGCCAUCGAGAGAAAACCUCUGGGAAGUCGCCGGGAAAAGACUGGACGAGAAGGACCGAAAGGCUUUGGGUCUGGAGGGCUCUUUCCCUACCACAGAUGCCAUCCAAGAUGUGAUCGAGACAACUGAGAAGAAAUACCGUGAGUAUAAGGAAGGUGGGCUGAAGAUUCGCAAGCGCGAUGGGGGACAUAUAAACGUUCGUGAUUCUGCCAAAAACAUCAUUCUCCAUGCAUUGGAGGCGCAGGACCUUGUCAAAGCAUCGGUGUCUUUUGAUCCAACUGGCCAUGCAUCAAGUGCUUGGUCAAUUGUUUCAAUCGGUCUGACGCUGAUCAAUAAUGAUAUUGAACGUCGGGACGACAUUUUCCAGGCAGCCGAAUAUCUCGCAGGCAUUCUUUCUUACUAUGCGAUUGUCGACAAUCAUUAUCGAGACAGAAAAGUAGAAAGCGACCAAGGGUUGGAGGACGCACUGCUUGAGGUCUACACGGCAGUUCUUCAAUACGCGGCAGUGGUGAAAAAGGCAGAGCAAGAAAGCGGAGCUGCCCGCGUGGGAAAAAGCAUCACGGCCCUUGUUGAACAGCCACUCAAGGACCUCAAGGAAACUGUCGAAAAGCAAGGGCAGGCUGUUCAAAAGUGGACAGCUUUGACGACAGAUCUAGGUAACACCACCUUCCGUUUAUCAGGACCAACGCAAGAGGCCUUGCUCAUUGUUACAGACCACAGGAAACAAGCAGAAAGCAUGCUGGGCGGAAUUGACGAGGCGGUCGAAAGGCUGAAGAUGAUCCAAUCGCACAACAGAAGUUUGCAAGACCGAGAGAUUCUCGACUGGCUGUCCACGGCAUCAUAUUCCUCUUCCCAGAACGACGCUCAAGACCGUCGGCAAUUAGAAACGGGGAAUUGGUUUCUUAACUUACCCGAGUAUAAAGAGUGGAAGGCCACGCCCGGAAAGAUCUGUUGGCUUCAUGGAGCAGGUGCGUUCUUUCAAUCUUCACCAAAUCAUAACUAA